CAACAGGCACAGAAUUCCAGGGAGGAAGUCACUGAGAUUGGGAAACGAGUAACUCCAAAGGUUCCAGAAAACACAAAAAACGAACCGAGGCGCCAGAGGCAGGCGGAAUACAUCAGUUCGGCGUUGGGAGCUGUAAAAAUAACUAAGUUUGGAGUAUGGACUAGAGGCGGCGGGUCUCAGCAGAUGGAGGCGGUGAGAAGUUUGCUGUUUGUCGGGGCCGUGCUGCUCGGAGUGACGGGCGCAUUGGGCAGAGAAGUAUGCCUGGGUACAGACAUGAAGCUAGCUCUUCCCUCCAGCCAGGAAAAUCACUAUGAGACCCUGAGGUUGCUCUACACUGGCUGUCAGGUUGUCCACGGAAACCUGGAGAUUACACACCUUCAUGGAAACCCUGACCUCUCCUUCCUACAGGGGAUUGUGGAGGUUCAGGGCUAUGUGCUUGUAGCUCAUGUGUCAGUAAGUCUAGUUCCUUUGGACAACCUCAGGAUCAUAAGAGGCAGCCAGCUAUACAACUCCAGCUACGCUCUGGCUGUUCUGGACAACACACUGAAUGGACAGGGACUCAGGACUCUCCGGCUACGAAGCCUCACAGAGAUCCUGUUGGGUGGAGUGUAUAUUUGGGGGAACCCUCAGCUGUGCUUUCCAGAUGCCCAGAAUAUUAUUUGGAGGGACACUUUGGAUGAGCAAAACAGCCACGCGAGGAUGCAGCGACUGCAGCCUCGAGCCCCAAAAUGUCCAAGUUGUGCCUCUGCAUGUGGGAAAAGCUGCUGGGGAGAAACCGCUCAGGACUGCCAGACUUUGACCCGUAUUAAAUGUGCGUCUGGGUGUCAGAGGUGUAAAGGUCCCCUUUCAAACGACUGUUGUCACAUGCAGUGUGCUGCCGGCUGCACUGGACCCAAAGACUCUGACUGUCUGGCUUGCCGUCAUUUCAAUGACAGUGGUGUGUGUAAAGAAAACUGCCCCCCACCAACUAUCUACGACCCUGUCACCUUUCAGACCAAACCAAACCCAAACAAGAAGUUCAACUUUGGAGCCACCUGUGUGAAGACUUGUCCCUAUAACUAUCUGGCCAUGGAAGUGGCCUGUACCUUGCUUUGUCCGAAAGCUAACCAGGAAGUCAUCAUCAGGAGCCCUGAUGGAAACGAGACGCAGAAAUGUGAGAAGUGUGAAGGAGACUGUCCUAAAGUGUGUUAUGGGUUGGGUAUGGACAACCUAGGUGUCACAGACAACCAUGGCAUCACCAUGGUAACAUCAUCUAAUGUGGAGCAGUUCAACCGGUGUAAGAAGAUAUUUGGUAGUUUGGCCUUCCUCCCUCAGAGCUUUGCAAGGGACCCUGUAACUAACAGGACCGGCCUGACCCUCGAGCAGCUGAGUGCCUUUAGAAAUCUGGAGGAGAUUACAGGAUAUCUGUAUGUUGAUGCCUGGCCAGAAGACUGGGGUGACCUGAGUGUGUUUGAGAACCUGAAGGUGAUCAGAGGCAGGAUGCUCUACAAGGGGGUCUUUUCACUCGCAGUCCAAAAUCUUCACAUCCAGUCUCUGGGGUUGCGAUCCUUGCGUAGUGUCAGCGGAGGCUUAGUCCUGUUGCACAACAAUUCCCGCCUCUGUUACACUGAUUCAAUUCCCUGGGACAGUCUUCUCCAUCCCACCCAGGGGCCCCACCGUAUUGUCAGCAAUAACCAGAAACUCCAACUCUGUGAGGCAGAGGGGCGUGUUUGUCAUCCGCUGUGUGAGGGGGGCUGCUGGGGUCCUGGGCCCAACCAGUGUGUGUCCUGCAAGACUUUUCAGCGUGGUUCUGAGUGUGUCGAGCAGUGUGACAUCUUUCAGGGUUCUGUGCGUGAAUACACGGAUGGAUCUCAGUGCGGCGUCUGUCACUCAGAGUGUCGACCUCUGAAUGGGUCUGCCUCCUGUCACGGACCGGGUCCAGAUGAUUGUGAAGAGUGCAGAAACUUCCAGGAUGGUGAAUUUUGUGUUGACCAUUGUCCCAGCGGCAUCAAAGAGGAUCAGCAAACGGUGUGGAAGUACAGCAAUGCAACUGGACACUGUCUGCCCUGCAACACCAAUUGCACGCUGUCCUGCACUGUGAUGGACGAUCGAGGCUGCCCCAUUGACACCAGGACAGGCCCGGGCACAACCAUUGCUGCUGCUGUGGGUGGUGUAGUGCUGUUCUUCAUCCUGCUGGCCCUGCUGGUCUUCUACCUGAGGAGGCAGAAGAAGCUGAAGAGGAAGGAGACGAUGAGGAGGAUCCUUCAGGAACAUGAGCUGGUGGAGCCUUUAACACCCAGUGGUGCGUCACCCAAUCAAGCUCAGAUGCGUAUCCUGAAGGAGACUGAGCUGAAAAAGCUCCGGGUGUUGGGUGCAGGGGCCUUUGGUACCGUUUACAAGGGAGUUUGGGCUCCUGAUGGGGAAAAUGUCAAGAUACCAGUCGCCAUAAAGGUGUUGCGAGAGAACACAUCACCAAAAGCCAAUAAAGAGAUCCUUGAUGAGGCCUAUGUGAUGGCCGGGGUGUUCAGCCCCUACGUGUGUCGUCUGUUGGGGAUUUGUCUGACCUCCACAGUGCAGCUGGUCACUCAGCUGAUGCCUUACGGCUGCCUCCUCGACUACGUCAGAGAGAACAAGGAUCGCAUAGGUUCCCAGUUCCUCCUCAACUGGUGUGUCCAGAUAGCAAAGGGGAUGAGUUAUCUGGAGGAAGUUCGGCUCGUCCACAGAGAUUUGGCAGCUCGUAACGUUCUGGUUAAAAACCCGAAUCACGUGAAGAUCACUGACUUCGGCCUGGCCCGUUUGCUUGAUAUAGACGAGACUGAAUAUCACGCUGACGGAGGAAAGGUGCCGAUUAAAUGGAUGGCCCUGGAGUCCAUUCUGCACAGGAGGUUCACACAUCAGAGCGACGUCUGGAGUUAUGGGGUGACAGUUUGGGAACUGAUGACGUUUGGUGCAAAACCUUAUGACAUGAUCCCUGCAAGAGAAAUCCCUGAUGUUUUAGAGGGAGGAGAACGGCUUCCACAACCCCUUAUCUGCACCAUCGAUGUCUAUAUGAUCAUGGUCAAAUGCUGGAUGAUUGACCCAGACAGCAGGCCCAAGUUCAAAGAUCUGGUGAAUGAUUUCAGCGCCAUGGCCAGAGAUCCGUCUCGUUUUGUUGUCAUCCAGAACGACGAGCAGAUGAGCAUGUCGAGCCCAGUGGACAGCCAGUUCUUCCGGAUGCUUCUGGAGGAGGAAGGGAACAAUAUGAGGGAACUGCUGGAUGCAGAGGAGUAUCUGGUGCCUCAGCCCAACCUCUUUCCCAGGACUCAAACAGACGGGCUUCAAACCAACGGGCCAUCCAGACACCAGUCAUACAAGCAGAGCAGAGAUCAGGGCUUGGAUAUUGAUCCCUCCAUCGCCAGCGGUCCUCGGAGCAUGUAUUCAUCACUGAGCACUUUGGGUCGCAGCCAGUACCCGACUUUACCUUUAGGAGCCAGCACCUCUAAUGGCCUGUGGACUCCUCAGUACCCAACUCUGAAUCGCAGCCCCUCUGCUGGGGGCCAGUCUGACUCUGUUUUCCUGGACGGACCUGCAGACGACCCCUCCAUCCCCCCGGCCAGCCCGGGACGCUACAGCAAAGACCCCACCAACGGAAGUCAGGGUGACCUGGAGAUGGAUGGACCAGUGCAAAAUGGCUUUCAUCUUCCAAAUCACCUUCAUCACUCCCUGCCCAGGCGAAGUCAGGGGUAUAUUCAUAAUCAAGCUUUGCCAGAAUACGUAAACCAGGAGAUUCAGGAUUUUAGGCCGAUAAUCCCUGAGCGGCCCACCACGCUGCCUCGUAAAGGCUCCAGAGUAGACCGCCGCCUCCCUAACGGCCUGAGCUCUGGUCACAGCGUUGAAAACCCAGGAUACUUGGUUCCUGCAAAGUCUGGGGCCUCUACUUCUCCAGCGUUUGACAACCCAUACUACCUGGACCUCGUGGCUAAAGCGCAAGCCAUUGCCGGGGCUGCUGUGGUGGAUGGCCCUGAGGCGCUGGAGAGAGACAGAGGACUUCCCAGCCAUGUGAAUGGAUUUGUUACUCCCACAGCAGAGAAUCCAGAAUAUCUGGGAUUAGCUGACACUUGGAGUGGAUACACCUGAGGAGAGGAACUAGGAGCAACGUGAUGAACUCAAGAGGAGUCACAGAUUGUGUUCUACAGAGGGAAACAAGGGAUGAAAGAUGGUGUCUGAAAUGAGCUGGGUGCGUGCAAAUGAGGGGGAAUCAUCUCUAAAUAUCAGGAGAAAACAAACCGAUUGAUCCCUUGAGAAAAAAAAUCCACAAAUCAGCUGGCUAUGCCGCACCUUGACUCAACAUUGUAGCAUUGAUCUGGUGUCUGAGGGCAUCAUUUGUUUUCCUCUUAAAUGACUGUUAAGUGCCAAAAAAGAAGUUAAUUUAGCCUGUGGUUAUAACUGAGACACUGACAAGCAAGAAGAGUUCACAUUUGCCAAACUGAUCAUGGUACAAGAUGUCUGAUUACCACAGAAUCCAAUAUUAACUGGGUUGACAGAAAGCUGUUUUUUAUGUUGUAUUUUUGAACCUAAAUGUCUGUGGUUGUCUCUACUACAUGUGAAGCAUUUUGCAUCCCCUUCAGUGUCUUAAAUACCUAAUAAUUACAGCAAAAAGGAAAAAAACACUAAUUUAUAUUGUUUCAUAUGGAAUAUACCUAGAAAACUCUGACAGCAUGAGUAAAAGCACACACUGAAGGUGAUGUUUAGUAUUCUGGUCACUCUGCCUCUGACCUGAUGGGGGUCUUUAGCACACUCAAAAGCCAUUUUGUUUUUGCCAGAGAAGGCCCUGCAGCCCAUCUGGCCAGUGGACAUGCUCACUGAAAGAAAGGCAUCCUGUAUGGAGAAGACAGAGGCAUUGUGCAGCACUGAUGCAUGUGGUUGUUGGAGUCAGCGGCUGCAGCUACUUUGUGGUACGAGAUACGAGGUACGAGCAGACUUUUCAGGCUGCAAACGUUCAAAACAGGUUUCUGGAAAAGUGAACUGGUGGAUUCAAGAGCCAGCUUUUCAGGGAUUGAAAAGACUUAAAGAUAAAGUGCAUUUAAAAUCAUGCACAGUGCACUAAAUGUUAGAAUACUGCAUAUGCUGCCCUAGGGUUGUAGUAAACCUUCUGGUUUCAGUGGCCUCUUACUGUGCAAGAAAGCACUGCAAGCUAUUAGUGAGUAUAUCGCACAAAAAGUGAAGAAUUUGCAUGUAAAUAUGCAUGUUUUUUAUCUGUAAUUGAGUCAAGUGCAGAUCUGCUGUUUAUAUUUUUGUGUAAAAGUGCACCGGACACUGAAGCCGAAUGUGAAUCGGACAAGGCAGAAAACAUUACUCUGCUCAGUUUAAUAAUCAAUGCACGGCUCAAAUUCCACUCAGUGAGAACACACUGGAAUCCCAGUUAAUAAUCAACAGCAUUUUUUUUUUUUCAAGGUUUUUUUUUUUUUUUUUUUUUUUUUUUUUUUUCUCGUAAGCUGGUGUUGGGCGGGGGGAGGUCUAAAGCGAUUGAAAGGAGCCAUUGUCAGACCCUCGAGGAAAGUCAGCGCUCUCCCAACUGGCACAUCCCAAACAACUGAUGUUGUCACGGCUUUGGAAAGUGAGAAGUGGAGGUUUUAGCAGGAUGUGGUGCAAUGGUUGGGUUUAGAAAUCCUUAAAGGGUCUCUAAAUAAUAGACUAGGUUUGUUGUGUUGUCUUCAACACCCCCCCCCCCCAUCAGUGCUCAGUUUUACUCUGAAAAAACGUUGGUCUUCCUUCUUAAUGUUCUCAUACGGGUUUUAGAAUUUUGUUCCAUAAAAAUUGUUUCUAAAAUUCACUUUCUUUUUUAAUAAGAAUUCCUCAUAUUAAACACUGAUAUCCUCAACUAUUUUCUACUAACAUAUAAUAUAAUAAUAAUUAUUAUUAUUAUUGAUUUUAAAAUAUCUUAAGUUUUGUUUGUUCAUUUUAAUAGAUAUGAGAUAAAAGAUAAUGUUUUGAAAUAAAACACUUAGUAUGUGUUUGUUGCUGUUAGGUGAAGUCACAUCCAAGCAGUCUUUUUGGGACAAAAGCAGGAACUGUAUUGAUCACAAUUUAUUAUAACAUUAGUUUUAUGAUAUUUUAAAGGACAAAAAAAUCAUGGAUGAGCUUAAAGUGCAUCUUAAAUUGCGCCUUGUUAUCUCUAGCAUACUAGUGCCUUAGAUCCAUGGUUCUCAACUGCUGGUUCAGGAACUACAAGUGGGUUGUGGAGCCUUUUCAGUAGGUUGCAGAUAGAUGCUUGGGAAUAGAAGAAGUUUGGCCAAAACGUCAACGUUGCAUGGCUAUUUUUAGGGUGUAACAAGGAAAUAGUAGGGUAGAUGAAGCUGGUUGCCAUCCGCCGUUAAAGACGGAAGGAGAAAGAAGAGUUAAAUUUGAUUUUAUGCUGGCAAUUUAGCAAAGGGUGGCAAAUAAAUACAUAAAAUUCUGGCUCUCUUUUAGGACAAAAAGGAUGAGUUGUAAAGCCACACAGAAGUCAAACAAUGAUAUUUUGUUCUAUUUUAGCUCCGGACUGCAAUGUUGUCAUAUAAAUUUGGAUGGAUAUUUUAUAUUUUUAUAUUUCUAACUAUGUUUUGAUUUGUCUUCAUAAAGAUUGAGAACGGUUCUCAACUGGUCUAGACCCACCACCCCUUUGACGACAAAUCCCAACCCACAUUUCUUAAAUGUUUCAAUUAUAAAUGUUUUUAAUAAGAAUGAAGCAAUUUGGACUUAGUUGGAACAAAAGAUGGGAUGGAAGAAAUUGAUGAGACAUGCCCUUCAAAAUAAAAGCACAUCAUAGAUUUUUGCCACAUAUUUUGUUUCCAGACACAUAUUUGUGACCCAAUAAAAUUAGCCUCACGACCACAUUUGGAGUCCCAAUCAACCAGUUGAGAACCAAGGCUUACAAAAAAGUGCUUACAAAUUAAGAACUUUUGGAGAUAGAAAAUAUCAGAGGAUCAUAUAAAUACUGAAGCAAAUCUCUUCUGUAAUGUUUUACCACAAUAUUACAAAACCACUGCACAAUCAGGAUAAAUGUACUGAUGUUAUCAGUGUAUACACUGCAGAGGUCUCAUCUGUCUUUGAUAUUAAAUCAUGAAACCGGUACAGAGCCCCAGGACUGGCCCUGACUAGCCUAGACAUCCCUGCUGAAGGGAUCUUGGCCCUUUUAAAUAGCAGGAUUGAGCACAAGAAUAAUGCUGAAUGUAAAAAAGGGGCCUGUGGCUAUUUAAAAUUGUUAAAGAUCUACAGAAAAUGUAUUAAUAAGUCUCAAAUCUUGGAGUAAGCCCAAAAGAAAAGAAGGAACUGUUAACUAACAGCUGUGUGACUUGAGUGCAUGAGAUUAAAUACCUGUAAUUUACAUUUUUAAGCAAAGUAUUUUUUGUACCUUUUAUGUGAAUAUUUUUUGUACCACAGUUUGUGUGAUUUUGAUGCCAUAAUAUGGUGAAUAUAUGAAUAAUAACUUUUUGGUGGGAGUUUUUUUAAUGCAUCUUUUAUUAUUUGGUCAGUAAGUCAUGUCUUGUAAAUGUGUAUUAUAUAUUUGUAUAUGAAUAAGAACAAUCAUUUUGGUAGCUAAUUUGAACACAUUGUGAGAAGUUGUUCUACUGUGGAGGGAUGGGUGUUUAAAUGAAAAUGUAUGAAGAAAUGGUCAUUUUAUAUGGAAUUGUUUGCAUACAUUAUGUGUGUCAUUAAAAGCAC